ACAGUCAACAUUCUUGAAGUCACCUUAGUUACGCAAAUUACGGCCAUAUACCCCUCACAGCGAACUACGCUCCUGUCGUAAACGAAGACGGCUCUUCUCCGCAGGCGACGUUUGUGUACAACUACCGAUGACGAACAGCGCAAAAACUUGUCCCUAUGGGCGCUAUGUUCCAAGGCUUUAAACCAAGAAAAAACGACUAAACCCCGGCAGCAGGAUUCUGUUAUAGCACUACCCUGUGAACAUGGCUGCAUUUAUCGCACACCCCUCUGUUAGGAUCAAAGGCACAGAGCACAACUACAACCCUGUUCUGUGCGAGGAUGAAAAGUGCGCUGCCAGUUCCAAAGGGAACCACAUGCAUUGUCCCUUCUGCAGCAUAGCAGAGGCCUACCAGGACCCAGUCAUCCUGCGGGCACACUACAGAGUCAAGCACGUGGACAAGGGGAUCGACUUUGCAGGCUUGAAGGUGCUGCGCUGCUGUAAUCACUGUGAAAUCGUGGGCACCAUUAAGGGGGAAAAGAAGUUUAAAGGAGCUCACUGGCACUGCUACCGCUGCCGCAACGGCUUCAACCGUCGCGAUGAGGCUGUGAAGCACUACAAAACACACUUUCGAAACCCACACACCACCUUCCAGAUCCAGAUCACACAGGAGGUGAACAGCAGGCAGUAUUAUGAACAGAGUGCGGAGGCCCACCCAAAAGCCUAUGGGGGUCUCGCCAUCACAGCCGGCUCAAACGGAGACUACAGCACCAUUGGCUCAGUCCUAGCUCAGACUGUCAUUGCUACGGCAACAGGCACAGAGACCCUCAUCACUGAAGUCUCUAAGGACAGCAGUGUGAGCAAUGGGAUCACAGUGGGAGUGGAGGAGACAGUCGGGCCCUGCCCCCAGUCCUCGGGGAGACAGACGCUGGUUCUCAUGGACCCCGAUGGAGAGAGUGGGAACCUACUGUAUGAAGAAACAACCAGUAUCAUUACAGAGCAGGGUGGGGAGAGUCUUGAUCAGAACCUCUUGCUGGAGAAGCAGCUGAUAGAGCUCCAUCAACACAACCAGGCACUGCGGCAGGAGAAAGAGGAGGUGGAGAAGAAACUCGGAGCAGAGAUCCAAGAGCUCAAGGACCAUGUGGCCGGUCUUGUCCAAGCAAAUGUGAAGAUGUUUGAAGAACUGCAGGUCUAUCGGGCAACUGAUGACACUGAGCAGAAGAUCAGUAAGCUGAUGGAGUCUAUGGAGAGGCAGCACCAGGAGCUCCUGCAGACCCAGCUGGCAGCCCUGCGGAAGGAGAUGCUGCAGGGGGCAGUGAACAGGGAGACUGGGGGGACCCUGCAGCUCACCCUGCCCCAGGACAGCGAGGGGGGAGGGGACAGCGUAAUCUCCUUUCUGGGACCCUCACAUGGCACGGGGAUGGGGGCCGAAGGGAUCACUUCGCUGGAGAUUGUGGAGGUGCAGCUUGAACACACACCCCGUCUCCCCAAAAUAGACAGCCCCUCUGCCUCCCUGUACACUGCGGAGGAGCUGCACGAGCAGGGAGGCUUGUCACCAGAGAAACGAGAUGCUGAGGAGCAGCCCGAGGGGGAGAGCAAAACUAAAAUUCAGAGGACCAUCUGAAACUGAAAGACAAAGCAGUCAGGAUCCAGACCUUCCCAUUUCUGUCUGGAGAAGAGAGUCAGAUUAUUUGUGAAACCAGCAGUCCUCCUUGUUUCUGGAAACUUCCUGCCCGCUCCAGGCCUUUGAAUACAGAGGCAGGUGACAAUAUAUUUUUUUUUUUAAUAAUAUUUUGAAGUAGGUACUGGGACCUAACUAAACUGCUUGUUCCCAGUUUGGCAGUGCUGCAAGUCAAAAGUCCAUCCCUUUCUUGACAAUACCAGUAAUUUUACAGCAGAACAACAGUUAUUAAACAUAAUGGAUAGUGCAGAAAGGUUUGUCUACUGUUUUCCAUCCUGUUCAGUAUAUAGGUUUUUAUUGUGCAAAAGCAGAUGUCAGCCAUACUAUUAACUAGGGAUGGGACGGUAUCAAAUUUAAAAAAAAAUACUGUGGUAACCUUAACAUCACGGUACACAGUACAUCAUGCAAGUUAUCAAAAAUGCUGCAGUUAAAAAAUUAACGU